AUGCAGGCGGCCUUCGACGCCGCGAGCGAGCUCCAGGGCGCCGCGAAGAGCGACGCGCUCGUGGCCAUCCUGACGGGCUUCGCCGACGCCCCGCUCGGCGAGGCCGGCGUGCGGCUCAAGGAGGACUGCAUCUACGCCCUCGCGACGCUGAACGUGGGCAGCGGGAACUUCGACUUCGUCGUGGGCCUCCUGUCCACGGCGGCGCCCUUCUUCGCCCUCGUCGCCAAGGCCAAGGUCGCGAAGAUCGUCCGGCGGCUGCUCGAGAUCGUCGGCGAGUCCGGGCCCGGCACGCUCGACCUCCAGGCGGACCUCUGCGGGCGCGUCAUCGCCUGGUGCGUCGCGGAGAAGCGCACCUUCCUCCGCCAGCGCGUCGAGUGCCGCCUCGUGGCCAUCGACUUCGAGCGCGCCAAGUACGACGCGGCGCUCACGCUCGUGAACCGGCUGCUCCGCGAGCUCAAGAAGCUCGACGACAAGCAGCUCCUCGUCGAGACCCACCUGAGCGAGGCGCGCCUCCACGCGGCGCUCCAGAACAUCCCCAAGGCCAAGGCCGCGCUCACGGCCGCGCGCGCGAACGGCAACGCCGUCUACGUCGGCCCGUCGCUCCAGGCGCAGCUCGACGAGAUGAGCGGCACGCUCCACUGCGAGGAGCAGGACUACCACACGGCCCACUCCUACUUCCUCGAGGCCUACGAGGGCUACGACGGCCUCGACGACGGGCCGCGCGCGACGCGGUGCCUCAAGUACAUGCUCCUCUGCCAGAUCCUCCAGGAGCCCGAGCCGGGCUCCGCGCGGUCCGCGACCGCGUCGCUCGACGCGGCGACGGCGGCGGCGACGUCGAAGCAGUACGUCAAGUACGCGGGGCCCCAGCUCGACGCCAUGGCGGGCGUCGCGCGCGCGGCCAAGGCGCGGUCGCUCGAGGCGUUCGAGGCGACGACGUCCCGCUACGGCGCCGAGCUCCAGGCGGACCUGCUCAUCAAGCACCACCUGGGCCUCCUCUACGACACGAUCCUCGAGAACAACCUGGCGAAGAUCAUCGAGCCCUUCUCCUGCGUCGAGAUCGACCGCGUCGCGGAGCUCAUCGCGCUCCCGAAGCCCAAGGUCGAGAAGAAGCUCGCGCAGAUGAUCCUCGACAAGAAGCUCACGGGCGUCCUCGCCCAGGGCGAGGGCCGCCUCAUGCUCCACACGGAGCCCAACGAGGACCCGACCUACGAGGCGUCCCUCGCCGUCAUCAAGAACACGGCCGACGUCGUCGAGUCGCUCUUCGGCCGCGCGGAGGCCCUCGACUCGUGA